GGCACGGAGAUGAGAUGACUGCGCCUCAGAGUAAGAGCAUAGGUUGAUACGGCCGGUCGUGCUACUCGUGCUCUUCUACAUUGCACUGCCGUGCGAAUGUGGAAAUAGUGUCUAUCUUUGUUGAAUGUGGAUGUCUGUACGAUGUCGUCCUUAUUGAAGUCUUUCUUCCAAUCUUCUAACAAGCAUAAAAAAUUGAGUGAAGAAUGGAUGAACAGCCGCGAGCCCGUUGCAGACGGAGUUACUUUUUUCGUCCGUUAUCUGGGCUCGAGUUUAGUGGACGGUCCGAAGUGCGCCCAGAGUACGGCGGCGGGCGUGAAGCGCGUAAUUCACGCCGCUAAGGCGGCCACUCGGCGUCCGGAGCGCGUCGCCUUUAGGGUCGCCAUGGAAGGAGUUAGGGUCGACUCCACCACAACCGGAGAAACUAUAAUGGAUACUUCAAUAUAUAAGAUAUCUUACUGUUCUGCGGAUUCUCAGUACGAGCAAAUUCUGGCUUUUGUGGCCAGUAACGACAGAGACACUUGCGAAUGCCACGCCUUUCUUUGCUCCAAACGAAAAGUGGCGGAAGCCAUUGCAGUGUCCAUAGCGCAAGCCUUCACAAUGGCCUACGAGUGCUGGAAACUGGCGCUCGAGGCCAAGAAAAACGAUGGCGAUAAUUCCUUCACUUCGGAUGAGGUCGAAGGAGGACGAGGAGGAGAGUCCCCAUCUAGAAGCGAGGGUCCGAAAAACUCUAAUGGCAACCACAGCAGCAGAGCCUCAUCGCCAGAGCAUUUUCCAGGCUACUCGUCACCGCCCUCAGAGGUCUCCAGUACAUCAGGCUAUCAAUCGAGCAACACGGGAGGGUUGCUGCUCGAUUUGGAUUUCACUGAAAAUGGCUGUGAUGAUCUACUAGAGCUGUCGCUCCCUCCUCCCUUGCAGCAACCUCCAACUGCUGAAGUUGCGCGUUCUCGGAAGCACUGGAUUGAAUUCGGGUCCUGCGACGAGCUGCUACCAAUGGGACCCAAAAUGUGCAACUCUCACAGCAGUCGUAACAUCUGGCAGCCUCCCAGUAGAGAAUACUCAGACGGAGGCAACGCCUGUGGUGUUAGCGACAGCUCGCGUAGCCCCGAAGUUAUCAAAGGCAAUCCACCAUUCAUCUCUCUGCGCUCCGGGCGCAAGUGUUCGUUCAACGGACACUUCAGUAGCAGCCGUUAUUCACUGUCAGACUCGGAGCAGCAACUCCUUGCUGCUGCCAACUGAUAACUUGGUAAAGUCGCUAUCUUGUAACUCCUACCCUUCACACAAAACUCGUACUAAUACUAUUAACCCGUCUGCCACAAACCUUACUAACCAAUUUACUAACUUGACAAAUGUCUUAACCGAUUCAGAGAGUAAGCUGCAAAUUUCGAGGAAAACGUGUAAAUUUUUUAAUUCUAACCUUGUUAGUGAAUGUAGAUCAGCUGAAAUAUUUGCUCCGAUAAGGGACGUCACUGGUGAUAGCAAGUAUCUGGAGGCCGAGGAGCCUGAUGAUAUGAAAAGUAAAGGGUUUAAGGAGUCGAAUGUAGUUUCUAGCCGUGAUGCUUGGGAGAGUUUCGAUGAAAGUCCCCCUACUUCCAGGGUAAAAUCAACAACUCCUCCUCUUUCAUUAACAGUUUUCGAACAUUCGCUUGAUCUUUCUUCUUGUCCUCUCGAUUUUUCGCUGAAUUCAUGCACAAUAGCCAAAUCUUUGAAUGGAGAUUCUGACACCUGUAGAAAAUCAGCCGCUAGUAUUUCUCCUUCCAAUAAUCCUUUUGUAAAAACUAAUCUGCGUCUUGAACACCUAUCGAUUUCUCCUACAUCAGCGUUCCUAGACUCGUGCCUCACUCCUCCCCGUGAAGACGAAAGGCAAAAGUUCGCAUAUGACUCUAGUCUGUCUGGUGGAGAGUGCAAUUUUAGUACAAAGUUUGAUUUAUCCGAUAUCGCCUGUGCCCUUGAUUCUAACAGUGGCACUAAAGGUUUGAGAGAUUAUCUUAAAACCGAAACCUCAAUGUUGCCUUUCUGCAACAACAGUCCAUGGGCCUCCAGCACUGUUUACUGACAAUCGAGUUCCGGUAGGCAGAAUGAUUCUCCUAAAUUGACAGGGAACGAAUUUUAAGUCCUCAGUCAAUCGAUCGGUCCAAUAAAGUGCCUCGUCAGGUUGUCAAUGAUUCACUUGAUAUAUUCAUAGUAUUUGAAGUUUCUUCUUGAUAUCGUUCUGUCUACUGCAGGUCAGUGCUCCUAAUAUCUUUGUGCUUUCCACCGAGGACUCUCGUUCUCGAGUCAAGCUAGCUCUCCUCUGAUCAAUAUUGUACUUGUAUAAUUAGGAUUCGCUACAGUUUCGCUAGGAAGUCAAUUUGCUACAGUUUUAUGUAGCAUUAGUCAGGAAUUUAUCUUGUUCAAAUUGUCACUGAAAGUUCUGUGUUGCAACAACGUACAUUUAAGUGAGAGUUGAAUUAAUUUUUUCACGUAGAAUUGAACUUUAGAGAGUAUCUGAUCGAAAUUGUUUUAGCCAUUAAUAAAAGAUAAUUAUCAGUUUACAUUAUAGCGUUACUAUUGGGUUAUAAGCUUCAUUUAUUUUCUACAGGUGCAAGUCAAAAUAUUUAAUCAAUUUUUUUUCUCUUGAGAGAUGCUUACUUGGAAAUCGCUUCUGUACAUACAUUCAAUUUGGAAGUUUUCAUAUGAUAAAAGUUGAUCUAUU